ACACACACACACACACACACACUGAGAGCGCUGGGCUUCACUCGUCUGACGGUGUGUUUGAGAUCCGGACGGAAAGACAGAUUGUGUUUCUCCUGACAGUGUGAGCGUGUGUGUGUGUGUGUGUGUGUGUGUGUGUGAUGUAAUUGUUUAAGUUCAGCAGAUCACAACGGGGUAAAUCCUCCGUUAAUCAUCAUCCGAGACCCGUCCCGACAGAUCCGACAGCAACGCCCGAGAAACAAUGUCUGGCCAUGUGAAGAGUUGAUUGCUCUCCAUCGGAGCGAAACCGGCCGGAGAGUCCAGAACAUUCAACAGACACGAGAACAUUCAAGCGGUUUGGAGAAAAAAACUCAUAAAAGCAAGAGAGGCAGAGAACGCAUGUUCUUCUGAUUAAAGAGAUUUACACAGGAACCGUGAUGUGGCCGCGCGUUCUGCUCGCGUGUUUGUUGCUAGCGUUGUGUCGCGCAGCUCCUCACGCUCAUAUCAACCGUCUCGCGCUCUUCCCGGAUAAAAGCGCCUGGUGUGAAGCCAAAAACAUCACGCAGAUUGUCGGCCACACGGGCUGCACGCCGCGCUCCAUCCAGAACAGGGCUUGUCUGGGUCAGUGUUUCAGCUACAGUGUGCCGAACACAUUCCCACAGUCCACCGAGUCUCUGAUCCACUGUGACUCCUGCAUGCCUGCGCAGACGCAGUGGGAAGUGGUGACUCUGGAGUGCGCGGGCAGUGAUGAGGCUCCGCGUGUGGAUAAGUUAGUGGAGCGCAUCCUCCACUGCAGCUGCCAGUCGUGCAGUAAAGAGGGCGGUCAGCUGCUGCAGCUGUACCCUUCAGAGGGAGCGCUGGAGACGCCAGCACACACACACUCACAGCAGCCACACACACACGCUGACGUGCAUUUAGACAUACACACGCCUGAAGCUGGGUGAUGAACACACACACACACACUCACGUGUUACUCUUCACGACCUACUGAACUAGUGUCUCUCUCUCUCUCUCUCUCUCUCUCUAUUAAAUUAAAGCACUUUUUCUUGUACAGCUGACAUCAUGAAGACUAAUCAACACUAUAUCACACUUAAUGAUCCUUAAAUCCACUCAAAUCUCACAUCAGCUUUACAAAUAAAUGCACAGAAUUCCAAGUGUACCGUUUAAGGGCACUUGUGAAGGGGUGCAACCCUAAACUGAGCAACUCAAUCCCUCCAUUAAGGGCACUUCUUCUGCUUGUGAUUUCACUAAGACUGAAUCUCACAACUGCGACUUCAUUUCGAAAUAAUCACAACAUAUAAACUCAUGAUUUAGUUUCACACAGUUGUGAGAUAUUAACUCAGAAGUACCUCUUUUACUUUCACAGUGAUGCUCACUUUACAAUGGAAUUCACCUACACACACACACACACACACACACACACACACACACACACACACACACAUCACACACACAUCACACACACACAUACAUACACACACACACACACACACACACACACACACACAUACAUACACACUCACACAUACACACACACACAUCACACACACUCACACACACAUACAUACACACACACACACACAUCACACACAAACACACACUCACACAUCACACACACACAUCACACACAAACACACACUCACACAUCACACACACACAAACACACACUCACACACACACACACACACACACAUCACACACAC